UUUGAAGCUCGAAUUAGGAGUUGUUUUGUGUUUAAACCGCGCGGACCGUGACACAUGAAAGCUACAACAUAAAAAUUCAUUUAUGUAAAGCCUUAUUCCGGCGAUCGUUUUGGCUUUGGUGAACCGCUACGCAGAACGGCGCGAGGAAUUGCUGUGCUCCAGUAGACAACACCCGCAUGUAAGAGCAGAAGGAGGAGGGUAUUUUUAUCAGUCGUUAAUUGUGCUACCACUAAGCACCUUUUUUCAAAUAGCCGUGGUUGGUUUGUCUUAUCAGCUUAAAGGCGCCUGCUCGUGGACUACGUCGUUAUUGCCAUCGCAGUCGUUGUCAGCGUCAAUAAUCAAAUCAGUAACAUCGUUGGAACUACUGGGCACCCACUAGUGAAAUACUGAAGAAAGCAAGAGUGUGAUAUACGUACCUGCAGCUGCUAAAAAGCGGUUUAAACAACCUAUUCGGGUGUUUAGUGAGAGUGUACACGCUAAGGCGACAUUAGAACGUGCCCAAAUGAACGACAGCAUCAAGUACGAGAUGGAUAUGAAGAUGGAACCCUCGAGCCCAUCUGAAAAGGACCGUACCAUGUACUCGCGAUGUUCGAGCGCUGGCAGCAUACACACCCCAACGUCAUCUGCACACAAUUCAGAGGACGAAGAAGACUCGGGCGAUAACAAAAGCAGCACUAUGAGCUAUAAGGAGCGGCGAAGGGAGGCACACACACAGGCCGAGCAGAAGCGCCGGGAUGCGAUAAAGAAGGGUUAUGAUUCACUGCAGGAGCUGGUGCCGACCUGCCAGCAGACAGACGCAUCCGGCUACAAGCUGAGCAAAGCAUCCGUGCUACAGAAAUCGAUCGACUACAUCGGCUACCUGCUGCAGAACAAAAAGAAGUUGGAGGAGGAACGGGCCUCUCUACAGAAGGAAGUGAUGGCACUGCGGAUUAUAAAGAAAAAUUAUGAAAACAUGCUGCAGCAUCAGCAGACGUCCCCAGGCAGGACCGAGGCACGGCUCAGCGACGAUAUUAAGUUUCAGGUGUUUAAAGCGAUCAUGGAUGAGAUGUUCGUGACGUUCGAGCAGUUGCCGAUGAAUGACUUUGCAGAGCUAACGUCCGGCGUUAUACCGUGGCUGGAGGAGCACUGCAAACCACAUCUGUUGCGGGAUGUCGUUAACCGGAUGCUUGCCCACAUCACGACAAGCAUUACGGUGGAAACCGCUCAGGAUAUGGCCAGCAACCGGGACAUGAACUAACGUUGGCCAUUCGCUUCAUUAUUUGUAAUUAGUAAAUGUUUUUGUUUAUUUGAUUUUUUAGUAUAGCUUUACAGUCAAUCACAGCAGUGGUUAACUAUUACAUGUGCAAUGUUCAUUGUUACUUUUACCACCACGUGUCUCCUAGACCGCCUUACCUUUAAGCUGUUGUAGGAGCGUAAUGUAAUGGGAGGGAAACAGUUCCAUGAAUUGGACAUAUUGAUAUAUAAAUAUACGUAUAUAGCACAAAGUAGGCAGAUAACAUUCUAUGUAAUAACGAAUUCUUCUUAUUAAGUCCAAUAAUUGAACAUUUGGAAA